AUGGCUCGUGGAAAUCAAAGGGAAAAGGCUCGUGAAAAGAAUUUGAAAAAACAGUCUAAACAGACCAAAAAAAAAGAAGAUGGAACUGCUUUUAAAAAACGAGCCGAAAGUGAUGCUGAAAUUAUGAGGCAAAAGCAACAACUUUGGAAAAAAAAUCCACGGACACUGUUCAAGUUGAUAACAAAUGAUUCAAGAGACUCUGAACUUGAUAAUGAAUCUGAAGAUACACUAAAAAAACUUUUUCAUGAUUCAAAAAAUAUCAAACCUUCAAAACGGCCACUUCAAUACACGGAUGAUGCUCAACCAAAUGAAUUAAAAGGUUACAAUAAAACUCAAGAUAUUAUCGAUGAUAUUAAUACAAUCGAUUUAUCAGCUACAGAAUCAGAAAUAGAAAGUGACUCUGAUGAUAAAAUUGAGUUAAAAAAUCUAAUCCCUCUUAUAGAAAAAAAACUUCAAGAUGAAAUUUUACCAUUUGAACAAAAAUGGCGAUUAAGAGCUGUACUUCAAUAUUAUUGA